UUACCAGCCUUUGCGACGUCAUCACCGUCGCAAAGAUAGCUCCUCCUUCAGCUAUACCAGGUUUGGGUUGGAUAAACCUUGAGGGCUCGAGGGAAAGAACUUGGAAUGAAUUGGGCUAAGGGACCUUGGAGGGAGAACCUGUGAUUCUCUUUCCUCCACCUCCUCCAUCUCAAUUGAGGGGGCUUGUCUACCUGAACUGAACUCGUGUAUGCUGCAAUCAGCCGUCAAUUGCUGUAAGACAAAGAUCCUCCUGAGACAGCAUCGCUUCCGGAUCCAAGUUUAGUCUGAUCCAUUGCGACACAGCAUUUGCGUGUUUGUUUUGGAGACCGGCAGAUCCCCAAGACCAUAGUCUACGCGAUAUCAAUUCUUUGCUGGAACCCUUCGGCGUCACGGCUCUUGGUUUGCCCUCCAGCGUCGCUUUUCGCAUUCAAGACAUAUUUCGAGCCACACAUUCACAGCUUUCAUCAUGCCCAGCACAUGGAACCGCUUCAAGGGCCUCUUUAGCGAUGGAACCACCAGGCGACGCGAGUGGCUCCAUGAGGAGGAGAGAGCCCUUUUGCCUAGCCAUCGGAACCAGAAUAUCGCAUCUGCUAUUCCUCCGGCCGAGGUCAUGAAGGUUUGCCUGCGAUUGCGACAUUUGAUCCGCGAAUGCGUCCCUUGCGAGCUUGAAGAAAGUGCUAUCACGCGAUCCCAUAGCACUGUCAUCACCAGCAAGGUUGUACAGGCGGCUAAGGAGGCUGGCGGCCAGAAAUACCGAUCAUGCGUUGUGUACGCCCUGCUUGUUAAUAUGCGAUGGUUUAAACGCGAAGCCAUUCUCGAGCUAUGGGAUGCCGAUCUCCACGAUUUGCGCGCUGUUGCCUGCACUGUCAUCGCCAAGCAGAUUAUCGAGGGAGAGGAGGAUCUCGAUUACCUCCUACACCACGUUCUUCUUCGUCGGUACUCUUUCCUCAUUGACCAGGUUCCUACAGCCCCAACCAAUGUCAUUGAGAAGGCUGUAGACCUGCACGCAGUUCGGGUCAUUGGCUCCUCUGGUUAUCAGAAAUGCAUUGCCUAUCUCUGGCGUGGCUGGCUAGUCCAGGACGAAGAUGAUCCCUCCGAGUUUGUGGACUACAAGAACAAAGCAGACACCAGCCUACUUGUCCACAUGGACCCCGAUCGUAUGCGUGCACCUCGCUACCAGAAUGCCGCCCAGUUGCUAUUCUCCAUCAUAUAUCUUGGUCUGUACACGGCCGCUGUCAACUCUGCCAAUGCCUCAGGAGUACUGGAUGGUGCUGAGAUUGCGCUCUACAUCUUCACCUUUGCCUAUGUCUGCGACGAGUGCCUCAAAUACUACAAGGCUGGUUACCACAUCCUGGGAUUCUGGAAUGUUUUCAACUUCGUCCUUUACUCCUUCUUGACUGUAUCAUUGGUUCUACGCAUCAUAGGGCUGGCAUACAAGGACAAUGAUGAUGUGCAUAAGAAGUACAACGAGCUCAGCUAUAAUCUGCUUUCUUUUGUUGCGCCCAUGUUUUGGUCCCGCCUCUUGCUCUAUUUCGACAGCUUCCGUUUCUUCGGCGCCAUGCUAGUUGUGCUGAAAGUUAUGAUGAAGGAAUCUCUCAUCUUCUUUGCCUUGCUUAUAGUUGUCAUCAUUGGCUUCCUCCAGGCAUUCAUCGGUCUCGAUAUUGCUGAUGAUAAUAUUAUGGGCGAUACCUGGUUCAUCAUUGAGUCUAUGCUCAAGGCUAUCAUGCAGAGUCCCGAGUUUGAUGGGUUUGAUGACUUUGGGCAUCCAUUCGGUCUGAUUCUCUACUACUGCUUUACUUUUGUUGUCAUGAUUAUUCUCCUCAAUAUCCUCAUUGCACUUUACAACUCAGCCUAUGAGGAUAUCUAUGAGAAUGCCGAUGACGAAUAUCUCGCACUGUUUGCGCAAAAGACGAUGCAAUUCGUCCGAGCUCCUGAUGAGAAUGUUUAUAUCGCCCCUUUCAACCUGGUCGAAAUCGUCAUUUCGGGACUAUUUGAGUGGUGGGUACCAAAGUCCACAUACGAAUUCAUCAAUGACUGCGUCAUGGCUACUCUAUACUCCCCUCUUCUCUUUAUUGCAGCCAUUUUCGAGAGGCGAUCUGCACGAAAGAUUCGACACAACCGCUCACGAGGCGAGGAGGACGACGAUCAGAUCAAUGAGUGGGAACAAUUUCACGAGGACCUUGACAUGGAAGGCGAAGGCUGGACCAAGACUUGUGAGGCCGUCAAACCUAAUGUGGAAGACGAGCCUGCUGUCAUUGAAGUCCGCAAGCUGCGAGCUGAGAUGGAAGAACUCAAGGCGAUGCUUUCUCAACUCACAAACACCAAACUAAGUGAUGAUGAUACCAUAACGGGCUCAAAGAGUGGAAAGGAGCUGGCCACUGAAGACGACGAUAUCCAAGAGAUAUCAGGGGCCGCUGAGACCCAGGAUGCGCCAGACACGUCGGAUACCCCAGAGGGAGAAGGGGCUUCUGGUGAUCAAAAGCAGGGCAAGAAAAACAAGAAGAAGAACAAGAAGAAGGGCCCAGGUGGACCCAGUAACUAGAGGUUGGGGUCAGGCAGUGGUUGAUGUGCUUUGCAGUACGUUGAUGGGGCAUUAUUGGCAGAAAUUUAUUAGCUUUGACUCUUGUACGGCUUUGAAGACCUCGUCCAGUAGUAAAUAUAAUUCAUUCAAUAGUGGUUGAAAUCGAAACCAUGCUUAAGAUACACACAUAACUGUAAGCCAGCAACUUGUGG